AAGUUUCAUUGCCCAGAGCUAAAGAAAGUAUGCUCUCCAUUUAAUUAAAAGCAGAUGGCAGAUACAGAUACAGGGUUGAAUCUUCUGGUGGAGAAUCUCUUGGAUUCAGUAAGAGAAAACGCGAAGUUGAUUGCAGACAAUAAGAAGCUGCAGAUUGAUGGUUUAGGGGAUGACUUUUUACAUCUUGAGGAACAAGUUCAACGCCUACGAGCGCUCCUAAAUAUUGCUGAACAAUGGCAGAUAAAUACUAGCAGUAAGUGAAAACAGUUGGUCAAUAAGGACAUUCGAAUUACGGUACAUAGAGCUGAGGAUGUAAUUGAUGGCUUCGCUUUUAGGGCUCAGUUUUUCCUUGUGAAAAACUAUGGACUUCUCAAACUUGAUAGUAUAAGAAGAGACUCAGUCAGGAAUCUUGCAACUAAGAUCGAUGGCCUCAAUGAGAAGGUGAAGGAAUUUCUUCAAAACAAUCAACCAGCUGUUCAGCCGGAAAAAAAUUCCCAGGUAUGCCUCAAAUUAAAGCUGAAACCUAACCCAUUUGAAAAAUUAUAAGUUGAUGCAUCUGUGGAGUCACUGUUGUAAAUCUUACGGAAAAUACUUGAUCACGAAAUUUGUACGGAAUUCUUCAAAGCUUGAGGCAUGUCAAUGACAUUGUCUUUAAGGAUAUUUCACCCGAUUUGGGUGUAUCCCCAGCAUUCAACAAGCUAUUCUAAUAUAAAACUAGGAGCAUAAACUAACAAAGAUUUAUUCAGCUUGGUAGAAAAUCCAGCAGAAGGAAUGAGAGUAUUUUUUGUAUACUUAGUAUCUCACAAAAGGGAAGAAUAUGUGAAAGGAAAUCAAGAGGUCAUGAUGGGUGAAUAAUGGUCCAACUGUUACAAAUGUGGAAUAAUGUCUCAUUAUUGCAUGAAAUAAUAAAGACACUAAAUGUUAUAAAAUGAAUCUAGACACUUUCAGAAAUAUGAUUCUGGACACUUCCUUUUGAGAUACCAUAUUCACUAUUUUUCUAACAAUCCCCCACGUAUCUCAAAAUGAAUAGAAGGAUAGAAUAUUUUGUUGGAUUUUCUGCAUAUGAGUACAAUGCAUCGAAUCUGGUGUCUCGUAGACUAUGAAGUAUGAACCAGACCUAGAAAAAUAAGAUAAAGCUUAAGAAUAACUGGUGAAGUUUAAUGCUUUAAUGAACCAAAAAUUCUUUUGUAAGUCCGGAGUCUUAUCUAUUACAUUAUACUCGCACAAUCUUUGUUGUUAUCGCAGUUUUGCGCUUGAAGGCCAUGCGCGCGCCUGAUUUUCAUGAGUGCUCUAGAAAUUUUGCCUCAAAUUUCAUAGGAGCGGCCCACCUCCAUACUCAUAUAGGUCCAUCCAUCAAGUGUAUUCUGCAUCGCAAUACAUUACCUAUAAAAGGCUAUGGAUUAUUGGAUUAAGAGUUUGAUAACUCAGCCUCACAUUCCUUGCAGUCUUGCACUAUAAACUCACACCAUAGGAAGAGACAUAACUUAUAGUACACAUUUGAUCAGCUAAUGAUUUGUGAUUACCCAUAUGAACCUACUUCAUGGGAUCUUCAAUCACUUAGGUUGGGUUACCAUCAUCGUUGAUAUAUCUCAGAUUGGCAAAAGUCUCAACCCCUCAACAUUUCACUUAUAAGUUAAAGAAUCGGCCAAAUCCUCUUUUGACUACACAUUAUAUGUAUGAAAAAAAAAUUCUCAUCUCUAAGCAAUUGCUUUAUCACAUUAAAUUUUAAGAAAAUGUGUCUAUUCUUCCCACUAAAAGAUUUUUUUUUUUCUUAUAAUGGCUAUUGUUCCUAGGCAAUCACAAUUCAUCGACACAAAUGUUGUCGGUUUAAUUCCGAGUGGAAUAUUGCGCCUUGGCAAUCACAAUUCAUCGACACAAAUAUUGUCGGUUUAAUUCCUCGUGGAAUACUCACCAAGAGGUUGCUUAAUCAACCUCAUUGCCAGGCAAUUUCUAUACCACAACACUCCAUCAAAAGGUGUUCAAAUAACCAUUAGUGAGUUUUUAUUCAUCUGAAUCAGAGAUUCAAUAUCAUUACUAUAUCUUUCUAAUACAGUGGAAAUCCACAUACAGAAUACUAACUCAUAGUACUUUUCAACUAAAGUAUAAAAUCAUCUCAAAUGAAAAGAAACUUGACUUCCAUACAAGUGUCUUUUGAAAUAUUCAACACAUAUUAGAAUUUAUUUUCUUUUGAUAUCUUUCAUAUUCAAAUACCAAAGUAAAAUUUUCUAAACAUAGAAUCAACAUUAAUAUCGAAUGAAAUUGAUAGAGUAGAAUCAACUUUAACUUCUACAGAAAUAUCUUAAAUAGGAAACGGGUCAUAAUUCAACAAUUUCUUCACCCAUAUAUUUAAGAAACCCAAAGUAAAAUACCGUGACCCCCACAUUUUCAAAACUUAUAAGAUAAGAGGGUAAUAUUUUUCAUAACUUAUAAUAAGUAUUACCAACUUCUCAUAUAUAAGACAUUUCAUUUUAUAAAUAACAAGAUUAUAAUAUAGUUUUACUCAAACAAUGAUGUAUAGUUACCAACAUUAUGUCAUCAUAAACACUUAUUUUUAACUAAGUACAAGUACUAGCAUUUUCGAUAUUUAUUCUAAAAUUAAUAAAGAACACAAAUAAAUAAUAAUUAAAAUACUCAUUGCCCAUAAAACUUAUUUUUUGUUUGAUGCAACCUCAUCAUCAAAGAAAUGUUCACUCCAACUUUUUCUAACAAUUCCACAAGAAGCAAAUUGACUCGAAUAGUAGAGUUAUGGAUCACCCAGCUAAUGCCAAUAUUUUUCAGAAUGAGUUUAAGAAGAAUUUUUCCUUUCCAAGAAUUUAAGAAUUUUUUGAAUCACCAAAAUAAAUAAAUUAUUCUUCUUGUUCUUCAACUUGGGCGUAUGACAUAACUUUGUUAGUACAAAUAUGUUUAGUAGCACAAGAGUCUAACACCCAAUUUCCCAUAAGAUUCGCUUGAGUAAUGACCACAACAAUUAUAUCAUCCACUUACUCAAAUUUAUUUUUGACUUUGCAGGAUUAUCAAUUCUCUCGAAUCCUCCUCUACAUUGAGAAAUUUAUAAUGGCUUAAUGUGCCCCCAUAAAAUAAUUAUUAUUUCCAAUAAAGUUUGAUCUCAAAUAAAUAGUAACUCAUAGUUAUACGAAGAAAAAUCAAUCAUUAUUCAACAUUCACCCAAAUGACCAAGAGAUAAGCAAAGAUUAUUUUUAGAUCAUAAAGUACUUCCACCAAAAUGAAAUAUACUUUGGUUCUCCAAUAUAUACUAUCGCCACAAGAAUCAAAAAUUUAUUAAGGCUCUUCCAUUUUCGGCGAGUCAAGGGCGGACAAAAGCAUUCGACAAUAAUAUACUUAUAUAAGUUCUUUUAGAUAUAUGUAUAAUAAUCAUUUUGAUAAAGUCAGAUUUAGAAUAACUCAAUAGGCAACUUAUGAUCUCUAGCAAGAUAAGUAAACUGUAAAAGAUUGAUGUAUUAGGAAAUUAUGUUUUACCACUACUCAAAAUAAAUAACAUAUUUCCUCUUUAAAAUGUUAAGAGAGAAAAUUUAAAACACUCAAGAUAAAGAGAACUACAAAAGCAUCACUUAUAAGACUAAAGAGAUAACAUGCAUUCUCUUUCACAAUACAAAAUGCACAUAGAUAAUAACACACUACAAAUCCACAGCAAAUAAUGCAUAGCCCGAAACAGUACUAAAAUUAGAGGAGAUUAUAUAUAUCAUCGUAAAGCCAAAGUUUAUCUGCCUAUUAGACUCUCACGAGAAUAAUCAUGAUAGAAUAAACGUUGAAGAGAUAUAUAUUAGUUCAAUUAUUCACACCUGACACUUAAAUAUGAUAUUACGCAAAAUCAUAUUAAGCAGAAGAUAUUACCGUCUGUCUUUAAAGUGACAUAUCCUUAAGAUUGUUGUAAAUCUUAAGGAAAAUACAUUUCUAUGGAGCUUCAGGAUUAAAGGCUAAUCAUGAAAAGAGUUCAAUUUUCUUUGGAGGAGUUACACAGGUGGUAAGAGAUGAGAUAGUCCAGAAAUUUGGUUACUCUAAAGGUACACUGCCAGUCAAAUACCUUGGAGUACCCCUAACCACCAAGAAGAUGUCCAUAGCUCAAUGGCAGCCACUUAUUGAAAAGAUGGUGGCAAGAAUCUCUUCAUGGACUGCAAAAAAACUCUCAUAUGCUGGAAGAAUUCAACUAGUACAAUCUGUGCUAUUUGGUAUUCAGGCUUAUUGGUCCCAAUUGUUUCUAAUACCUAGCAAGGUACUGAAGACUAUUGAGGCAUACUGCAGAAGCUAUAUAUGGUCAAGAGUUAAUACUAUCACAAGAAGAUCUUUGGUGGCAUGGGAAAAAAUGUGCACUCCUAAAAGUGUUGGGGGACUGAACCUAAUCAAUCUGAAGCUAUGGAACAAAGCAGUAGCAGCAAAGAAUUACUGGGAUCUAGCAAAUAAAGAGGACAAGAUGUGGAUUAAAUGGAUUCAUGCAUACUAUAUAAAAGGGCAACAGAUAUCAAACAUGCCAAUACCACAACAGGCAUCCCGGCUAGUUAGAAAAAUAAGAGAGGCAAGAAGAUCAGUAACAACAAUUCACAUCCAGCAAAAGCAGAAUAGCAACAUGAUCAGACAGUUAUAUUUGGCUAUGAUGGGACAAUUACCAAGGGUAGAAUGGAAGAUGUUCAUGUAUGGAAAUGAAGCAAGGGCAAAAGCAAAAUUCACUAUGUGGCUAUACUUCCAUGAUAGGAUGCUAACUAGUGACCGAUUGAGUAAAUGGGGGAUACAGGUGGACAAGGUAUGCAGUCUAUGUCAAAAACAAGAUGAAAGCAGAAAUCACCUCUUUAUUGAAUGUGAGUAUACCAUGAAUGUCUGGACAAAGCUACUAAAGUGGAUGCAGAGGCAACAACUGUGGGCAACAUCCUGGGAUCAGCACUGGCACUGGGCAACUAAGAUUGCAAGAGGAAAAUCAAGGGAAGCGGGAAUAUUCAGAAUGAUAUAUGCAGAAGCACUUCAUGAGAUAUGGAAUGAGAGAAAUCUCAGGAUAUUUGAAAAGCAAAGCAAGAAGGCUGAAGACUUAGCUAGAAACAUAGCAUGCAUAUGUAAUGUUAGAGCAAGAAAUCAAAAUAGGCAGCUUAUACAGAAUUUUCAGUUUUGAUGUAAAUAUAAGUAGAGAGGAAAUGAGUAUAGAAGGUACAUGUAUAGGGGAUAGAGAUACAGCUCAAAGACAGUAGGCUGAGUAUGUAAGCCAACUGUGGUCUUGUAAUGUUUCAUUGGUGAUUAAUGAAAAUUCCUAAUUACCAAAAAAAAAAAAAAAAUCUUUAAGGAAAAUACUUGAUCACGAAAUUUGUAGGGAAUUCUUCAAAGCUUGAGGCGUGUCAAUGACACUGUCCUUCAGGAUAUUUCACCCGGUUUGGGUGUAUCCCCCAGGAUUCAAUAAGCUCUUCUAGUAUAAAACUAGGAGCAUAAACUAACAAAGAUUUAUUCAGCUUGGUAGAAAAUCCAGCAGAAGGAAUGAGAGUAUUUUCUGUAUACUUAGUAUCUCACAAAAGGGAAGAAUGUGUGCAUAUGUAGGUAAAGGAAAUCAAGAGGUCAUGAUGGGUGAGUAAUGGUCCAACGGUUACAAAUGUGGAAUAAUGUCUCAUUAUUGCAUGAAAUAAUAAAGACACUAAAUGUUAAUAAAAUGAAUCUAGACACUUUCAGAAAAUAUGAUUCUGGACACUUCCUUUUGAGAUACCAUAUUCACUAGUUUUUUAACAGUCACAGAUGCGACACCGCAGAUGCAAAGGAGCCACAGAUGCGAGCCUUGGACUGCAAAAGAGGGCUCGCAAAUGUGAGACUUUUUGUCGCAAAUGCGACAUCACUGGCAUAAUGUUAAUGGUGUCAUAAACAUUGACCAUUUGGGGGGCUAUGGAAAAUGAAGUGUUGUGGGAGUAAUGGAAAUAAAGAUGAAUAAGUUAUAUUUCAAGGAGUAAUUGACAUCUAAGGUUAAUAUAAUUUACAACAAAAAUUAAGGCUUUUUAUUUCACUGAAAGCAAGUAAUAACUUAAUAUAGAUGCUUUAUUUCUAAUUGCCAAAACAAAAGAUUUUCAACAUUGAUUUAUGAUGUCAAUCAGUUCUGUUAUCUUAAAAGGAUCUUCCACUCAAGGAAAACGAAGUUGUUGGCUUAGAAGAAGAAGCAGAAAAAGUGAUCAAGGGACUUGUUGAAGGAUCUGAGGAUCUCAAUGUUGUCCCUGUUGUAGGUAUGCGUGGACUUGGUAAAACAACAUUGGCAAUAAAAGUUUUUAACGAUCCUCAGAUUUUAAAACAAUUUGACUGCAGAAUAUGGGUUUAUGUCUGCCAAUCAUAUGAAAUAAAGGAUAUCUUUAUCAAUAUCCUCACAUGUUUCACAGAUCGCAUUGAAGAAUACCAAGACAAAGAUGUGAAUGAAAUAGCUAAGGUAGUAUGUGAUUUUGUGCCUAAAGAAGGUAAAUGUCUCAUUGUCUCGGACGAUGUCUGGGCAAUAGGUGUUGUCGAUUUUGUCAAGAAAACUUUCCCUGAAAACAGCAAAGGACACCGGAUCAUGAUGACUACUCCUAGGCAAGAUUUGGCUAGUUGUGCCAAUCCAAAUCCUCAUGAUCUAAAAUUUCUGACUUAGACGGAAAGUUUUCUAUUGUUGAAAAGCAGAGUUUUCGGUAGUGGAUGUUUUCCUGAAGAAUUAACAGAACUUGGAGAAAGCAUUGCAGAAAAAUGUUGUGGGGUACCACUUGCAAUAAUAGUAAUUGCAGGAGCUUUAAGAGGUCGUAAGGACAAAAAUAAUUGGCUCAAAGUUCAGAAAUAUUUUUGGCAGCACCUUAUAAUUAAAGAUGACCCUGUAAGAUGCUGGAAGUUUGUUGAAAUGAGCUACAAUUGUUUGCCCCAAGAAAUGAAGGAGUGCUUCUUGUAUUGCGGAACUUUUCCUCGAGGCUUUAAUAUCCCUGCUUGGAAAUUGAUCCGUCUCUGGAUUGCGGAGGGAUUGAUAAAAUCCAGCCCAGGUUACGCCUUAGAGGAGGUAGCAGAAAAUAAUUUGAACGAGCUCGUCAAUAGAAAUUUAGUGAUGGUGGUGCAGAAGAAGUUUGACGGUCGAAUAAAAACAUGUCGUCUUCAUGACAUGGUACAAGAGUUUUGCAUGAUGAAGGCUACUAGAGAAUGUCUUUUUCAUGAAGUGUCUCUAACACCCAAUCAAGCAAUUCCAGAUGAUUCUCGUCGAUUGUGUAUCCGAUCAUGUUGUCUAGAUGAUUUCCUGUCCAGAAAACCAGUCGCGGAACAUGUCAGGUCUUUCUUAUGCUUUUCCCCAACCCAGUUGUCUCCGAAUCUAGUGAAUCUCUUGCACAAAGCGUUUCCACUUUUAAGGGUUUUGGAUGUUGAGCCCAUCAAAUUUCUUUUUUCCAUAUAUUUUAAUGGGCUUUAUCAUUUGAAGUAUAUGGCUUUCUCAGGUGACUUUGUGGUCAUUCCCCCAAUAUUUUGUAGAUUUCUGAAUUUACAAACUCUUUUAUUUAAUACAACUAGUAAAAGCACGCGCUACUUGGAAACAAGAUGGGAAAUAUGGAACAUGUUACGGUUGAGGCAUCUGCACAGUAACGUUCCUGUAUGAUUGCCAAGACCUAAAACCCCAAAAGGUGAAAUUUCUUGCCUGCGAACUCUUUCUAUGGUUGCACCAGAAAGUUGCAAACAGUUGUGUGCUUGCAAAGGUUGGUAAUCUCAAAAAAUUGAGUAUUAAAGGGAAUAUGGCCCCUUUUUUUGAAAUUAACAAGGAUGGAUUCAGCAAUCAUGGAGAGUUGAAGUGCCUGGAAAAUUUGAAACUAUUGAAUGAUGUCUUUACAAUGAUUUCAGUGCUUCACCUUCCUCCAAAUUUCUUCAGAUUUGCUCGUACACUAAAGAAGUUAACUUUAUCGGACACAAGGUUUGAUUGGCGUGAGGCAAUUGGACUGGAGCAGCUGGAAUGCCUUGAGGUUCUAAAGUUGAAAGACGCUUUCACCGGAAAGUCAUGGAAGCUAGAGGUAGGUUUUAGCGAACUCCUAGCCUUGUCGAUUGAUACAGCAGAUUUUGAAACAUGGGAGGCUUCAACUCAUCAUUUCCCAAGACUUAGGCACCUUGUUCUUAUUUACUGUGAUAAACUUGAGGCUGUUCCGGCUACGUUCGCUUAUAUAUCUAGCCUUCGAGAGAUGAGGCUUGAAAACACAAGAAAAGCUGUCAGAUCUGCAAAAAGAAUAGAAAGAAAGAAACAAGAGAUGCAAUUUCAAAACAACAUUGAAUUCAAGCUUACUAUAUCUUUCGAUGUUGAUUCCAAGGCCACACAAUGAAGUUGAAGGAGGGAGUCAGUGGAAUGGCACUUAUGCGAGCCUGCGAUCAUAGACAAGUCGAAUGAUCUUUCAUAUGGAGUCAGCCGCAUUUCAUGUUUUCUGCAGGCUAUUCGUCCUAUCAGCCUGUUCCAAUAAAAAUCCCGUUUGUGUUUUAUUGUUCUGAAGGCGUAAAUUAUAUGAGCUCCACUUUCUGCUUUAAACACCUUUUCUAGGCUUCACACCUUUUCAAGUUCUCAAUUAUGUGGUUGUUUUCUUUCUGAAUGAUAAAAACAGCUCUGUCUAUCCAGUUUGUUGUGAUGUAUUUAUUUGCUUUACUGUUGUUUUCUCUGCUUAAGCAUGGGUACCAGCUUGAAAGACAUGUUGCUUCAACCAGAUAAACAGCUAUGAAUAUUAUUUGGCAUGUGUAAUAUCAGAGAUGAAUUGUGGUUAUCUUCAAAUUUAUUAUUACUACUUCA